AUGGGUCAAAAAUCGAAAACCGCAGACGACAAUGAUUUCGUAUUUACAUUGUCCGACGACGAGGGCUUCGCCAUUGACGAGACCGAAGAUGUAAGCGAAGAAACGACAGAAAUCGAGAAUACAUCCAAAAGCUCGAAAAAGCGAAAGCGUGAACAAAGUUCGACAUCACAACCCUCCAAACAAUCGAAGAAGCAAAAGAAACAACAACAAUCAAAGAAGGGCAAGAAAAUAGAAGUCGAAGACGAUGAAGAAGGUGUUGAUGAGGAUGAGGCGGCAGAUGACGGUGAGGAUGAUGGCGUGCUCGACCCAGAAUUCGAGUUUGAUAUUGGCGGUAACGCGACUCGUGAUGUUAUCGAGGACUUUGAUGGUUGGGGUGCGGAUGAAGGGAAGCAGAAGGCUGCUGGUGGGAAUAAGAAGGCGGUGGAUAUUGAUGAUAUAAUUGCUCGUCGCAAGCAGAGGAAGGUGGAUGAGAUUGAGAGGAAGAAGAGGAAAGCUGAGAAAAAGGGAGAGGAAUUCGAAGGAUUUGGUAGUGAGGAGGAGGCUGAUGAAGAAGAAGAUGAUGAUGACGAAAAAGAAGAAGGCGCUGAAAUUCCUGACUUCGAAGAUGACGAAUUAUUGGCAGAGGAUGGGUUUGGUAUGGGUGUUGACGGCGCAGAGCCGGAAGAUGAGGACGAAAAAAGCGGUGAUGACGAGGAAGAGGAGGACGAUUCAGAGGCAGAAGAAGAUGAUGAUGCUCGUUCUGAUGACGACUCCUCGGUAGCAUCCCCAGUUGCGCACCCAGACGAUAUAGCGUCCGACGAAGAGUCUGAGUCCGAGAGCGAGAACGCCGAAGAAAUUGCCAAACGAAAAGCCUUCUUUGCACCUGAAGAGCCUGCCUCAGCAGAAAAGGAUGCUGAUGACGCCGCCAAUGGCUCGUUCCAGAACUACAACCUCUCCCGUCCCAUUCUUCGAGGCCUGGCAGCUGUGGGAUUCACAAAGCCAACCCCGAUUCAGCGCAAGGCCAUCCCCGUUGCCCUUUUGGGCAAAGAUGUUGUUGGUGGUGCUGUUACGGGUUCCGGUAAAACGGGUGCCUUUAUCAUCCCCAUUCUUGAGCGACUGCUGUACCGACAACGCAAAGUGCCUACUAGCCGUGUGGCUAUUCUGAUGCCGACUCGUGAACUUGCAGUCCAGUGUUUCAAUGUGGCUACGAAACUUGCGACGUACACUGAUAUAACCUUCUGUCAACUGAUCGGUGGUUUCAGUUUGCGUGAGCAAGAGAAUAUUUUGAAGAAGCGACCCGAUAUUAUUAUUGCUACUCCCGGUCGUUUCAUUGACCAUAUGAGAAAUUCCUCUAGCUUUACAGUUGAUACUCUUGAAAUUCUUGUUCUCGAUGAAGCCGAUCGGAUGUUGGAAGAUGGUUUCGCUGACGAAUUGAACGAGAUCUUGACAACUAUUCCCAAGUCGCGUCAGACUAUGCUUUUCUCCGCUACCAUGACGGAUUCUGUUGAUAAGCUUAUUCGUGUGGGUUUGAACCGUCCGGUCCGCUUGAUGGUGGAUGCGAAGAAGCAGACUGCCGGCACGCUGGUGCAGGAGUUUGUGAGACUGCGACCAGGUCGUGAGGACAAGAGACUUGCUUCACUCAUACAUUUGUGUCAACAAGUUUACACGUCUCGUGUGAUUAUCUUCUUCCGUCAGAAGAAGGAGGCGCAUCGUGUGAGGGUUAUUUUUGGCUUGUUCGGAUUGAAGGCUGCCGAAUUGCAUGGUAGCAUGAGCCAGGAACAGCGUAUUAAAAGUGUUGAAGACUUCCGAGACGGAAAAGUGGCUUUCCUACUAGCAACAGACGUCGCUUCUCGUGGUCUCGAUAUCAAAGGCGUGGAGACUGUCAUCAACUACGAAGCACCCCAAACACACGAAAUUUACCUCCAUCGUGUCGGUCGUACUGCUCGUGCCGGCCGCUCCGGUAGAGCAUGCACAUUGGCCGCCGACCCCGACCGCAAAGUCGUCCGAGCAGCAGUCAAAGCAGGCAAAACCCAAGGAGCCAAAAUCAUCAGUCGAGUCAUUGGCUCUGAAAUACAGGACGAACUUGCCACGGAAAUCGAAGACCUUCAAGACGAAAUCGACGCAAUUCUGCGCGAAGAGAAAGAAGAAAAAGAACUAGCACAAGUCGAAAUGCAGACCUCCAAGGGCGAGAAUUUACUCAAGCACCAAACCGAAAUCAUGUCACGACCUAAACGUACCUGGUUUGAGACGGAGAAGGAGAAACAAGAAGCACAGAAACGUGGGUUGAUAGAGCUUAAUGGCCUCGAUGCGUCGUUGAGUAAGAAGGAGAAACGGAAAUUGAGUGGAAAGGAGAAGAAGAAGUUGGAUGAUACCAGGGAUCGAAAAGAGGGAAGAAUGUGGAAGAAGGGAAGAAAGGAGCGAGAGAGUAAGGUAGCGCCACCGAAAAAGGGCACUGCGAAGAAAGGUGGGAAUAAGGUCAAGGGUAAGAAAAGUAGGAAGUGA